CCCCGAAAAAAAAAAUAACCCGUUAUGGCUAUUGAAAACCCUUCCAAUGCUUUACCCGACCGUACUCGCAGCGGUUCUUUGAGCAUGCCGAAACCCAAGCAGCUGCGUCCCUUCAAGACGGCCGAAGUAAAAAUCCUUCUUUUGGAAAAUGUCAACGAAACGGCCGUCAAGGCAUUCCAGAAACAGGGUUAUCAGGUCGAAACGUAUACCAAGGCUUUAGUAGGGGAUGAAUUAAUUCAGAAAAUUCGGGACGUUCAUGUUAUCGGUAUCCGGUCCAAGACCAAGCUCACCAAACAAGUGCUGGAUGAAGCCCAGAAUUUGCUCGCCAUUGGUUGUUUCUGCAUCGGUACCAACCAAGUCGAUCUUCAAACAGCCGCCAAAAAAGGUAUUGCCGUUUUCAACUCUCCUUUCAGCAAUUCCCGCUCGGUGGCUGAAUUGGUGAUUGGUGAGAUGGUAACGCUGGCUCGUCAGCUCGGUGAUCGUAAUAUGGAGAUGCACAAGGGGAUCUGGAACAAGGUCAGCAAGAACUGCUACGAGAUCCGUGGCAAGGUCCUGGGUAUUGUCGGUUACGGUCAUAUUGGUUCGCAGUUGUCCGUGUUGGCCGAGGCCAUGGGCAUGUCGGUGGUGUUUUAUGAUGUGUUGCAAAUCAUGCCUCUGGGUACCGCCAAGCAACUCGAAACCCUGGAAGAGCUUCUUUCCAUGGCCGAUUUCGUUUCUUUGCACGUGCCCGAAUUGGAGGAGACCAAGAAUAUGAUUGGGGAUCGAGAAAUCAAAUCCAUGAAGAAGGGAGCUUAUCUUUUGAAUAAUGCCCGUGGCACGAUUGUGCAGGUCCCGGCUUUAAUCCAAGGUCUGAAAUCGGGUCAUCUUGGCGGGGCCGCGGUGGAUGUGUAUCCCAAGGAACCAGCUUCCAAUGGUCCUCACUUUACGGACUACCCCGAAUUAUUGGACUGUCCUAAUCUGAUCAUGACGCCCCACAUUGGUGGUUCCACAGAAGAAGCUCAACGCAUGAUUGGCUUGGAAGUGUCGUCUGCGCUUGUACGUUUCAUCAACGAAGGCGGUUCCAUUGGUGCUGUGAAUUUCCCAGAAAUCGAUUUGCGCGCCAUUCGCGAGGACGAUACCGAUGUUGUGCGUCUGUUAUACAUCCAUCAAAAUAUCCCUGGUGUCUUGAGAUCCAUCAACGAGAUUUUGGCCGAUCACAACGUCGAAAAGCAGUAUUCCGAUUCCAAAGGUGACAUUGCCUAUGUCAUGGCUGAUAUCUCAAAUGUCACCCAAGAUCAUCUCCAGUCGUUAUAUGAAAAAAUUACUGCCACUCCCGCCAACAUCAGAACCAGAAUCUUGUAUUAGAUUGAUUUGCCCCUUUUCAUCCCUUCCUUUCCUACUGUUUUUCAUCCUCUUUUUUAUUGUUAAUAUCUAUACAUUCAUUGUUCAAUUGUUCUUUUUUCUAAAAAAGAGAAAAGGCCCUCAUGACUAGCUUACACUAAUGUGCAAAAUGAAUUUUGUGACUGGAUUCAUAUAAGUCCUUUCGGUAUCCAAUGAAAUCGGCGCUUGUGUCAAUGCGAGACAAUGCGACGGGAAACUCACUGAAUGUCGUGGGAAAACGUGGAUCAUCAUAAGCAGCCAAGGUGGCUUUUUUUUUCCACAAUGGCAGCAACUAUUCAUGUAUGCAUGUAGUAUAUUACAAGUCUCACCACCACCCAGCACAUAAGUAGAGGAAAAGGCCCUUACGAAAUCCCUGGAACUCUUAUAGCACAAAUAAACGUACAGCAGAUCGCCCGCGGCUAUAUCGAG